AUGAACUCUCAUACUACUCCAACAACCACUAAAAAUGGAACUGCUGCCGCAGCGGCGUCAGCAGCUGCUUUCAAAAGCAUGAUGGCUAAGAGAGCAGUAGCCCACUACCAUAAUGUGAUGGCAGCAAAGUACUUUGCUGCCGCCAUGACUGGUUUUAUACUUCUGUUCUCCAUAGUGUAUUGGACUCGAUUUCUCUAUGCUCGUUUUGCUUCCAAGACAAUCAGGGAAUCAAGUGUCAUGAGAGGGCAGGUUGCUUCUGCAAGGCUGGCUAGACAAGUCCUCAAUCAUCCAGCGUAUGGCUUCAAAUCAGUUGGUCAUCUAGUAGUUGUUUUGAUAUAUCUGGGUAUCAACAUUUCACUUAUUGUUACAUAUGUCGACUACUCGACACUGAUCGGCAUUGCCAAAAGAUGUGGCUGGAUUGCUUUCUGCAAUAUUGCGUUCCUCGUUUUCCUAGCUCUAAAAAACACCCCUCUCGCAUUCCUCACUGCUCACUCGUACGAAACGCUCAACCCGCUUCAUCAAGUUGCGGGAUACACCACCAUGUCAACCGCUCUGGUUCAUUUAAUCGUCGAGUGUCUUUAUUUCCAGAGAGCGAAAAAGCCACACGAACUUCUGGAACAUGAGCAAAUUUAUGGCAUGAUUGCAGCAUGCAGUAUGUUUGUUAUUUUCUUGACUACGAUAGGCAUGAAGAAGUUGAGAUAUGAGGCUUUCUACAUCAUUCACCUUACAAUGUUCAUGCUCAUGAUGAUCACCGUCGCAAUGCAUCGACCCGAUCUCGUCGACAAGGAAGUCAUUGUUAUUCUCGUGGCGGCAUCAAUGUGGGGGUCUGAUAGAAUUAUUCGUGGUUUCCGGAUUCUCUACUACAGCCGCGCCAACGAAGCCACUAUUCAUCCAUUACCACAUGGAGGUACUCGAAUCGUUCUACGUCGGUCACCAUCGCGAGCUAUACCUGGGACACAUUGUUUCCUGUGGCUUCCAACGAUAAGAAAAUUCGAAACACACCCUUUCACGAUUGUGAGCACAAGUCCAAAUCUCGAGCUUGUGAUCAACGCCUAUGAUGGAUUCACGAGCGAUCUACACACCUACGCGGUCAAGAAUCCGGGAAAGUCAUUGCGCGCAUCUGUUGACGGACCAUAUGGGGCCAUUCCAGAUUUCGCCAGCACGGCUGACAAGGUCAUUCUUAUUGCCGGCGGGAGUGGUGCAUCUUUCACUUUCGGCGUCGCACUGGACACAGUCAAGAGAUUGCCCGAAGCAAGUAAAACGACUAUUGACUUUAUCUGGACGGUCAGGGAAGAAGAAGCAGUAACAUGGUUCGCAAAAGAGUUAGCCGAACUCCAGCGAUCACCUCGCGUAUCCUUCUUUCUUCACACAACCCGUCCAUCUCCUUCUAACACUGGCUCAUCAACGCCAACCUCGCCAAUUCCUACGUCGAAUCUUGACGAGGAGAAAGCAAUCGGGUUCGAAGUGCACACUAAAGUGUCACCAACUUCACCAUCAACAUCCUCCAUUGAGAAGAAAGACACAAACGCUCCACUCACCUCAAAGUACUCACAUCCUUGGGACCCAACUCUUCUUGAUGUUGCCCCUGGACGACCGGAUGUUACAGGCCUGGUCAAGGAUGUAGUUCGCAGAGCAGACAGACAUGAGAGGAUUCUUAUUGGCGCGUGCGGACCAGACAGUUUGAUGUGGGAUGUUAGACGUGCCGCAACUAAUGCUAUCAGCAUAUCCGGACCCAGCGUUGAGCUGCAUGGAGAGCAGUUCGGUUGGUGA